GGAAAGAAUAUGUGAAGGCAUGAAUCAAUUAUACAUACUGCAGUAGUGAUAUUUUGUAUGUAUGUGAUUGGUGUUGUUGCUACUUCUCUCCCUAAACUCUCUAUUCACAUCUGGUUUUCUAUUGUAUGCCUGUUUGUUAAAAGUCCUAAUACAAUUAUCCUUAUUCUCUCUUCCUUUUCUAUAUUACUUGCUAGAACUAUAGCAUUCAGCUAUUCAUAGUUUCAUCAAAGUUUAUGUCAAAAAAAAUAGUUUCAUCAAAGUAACUGUCAAAAAAUAAUUUUUUAGGUUUUAUACUCAUGGCUUCCCUCAUCGAUCGAUUCAAAUACGAUGUUUUCCUCAGCUUCCGAGGCGAAGAUACCCGCCACGAUUUCACCGGAAAUCUCUGGAAAGCACUUCAAGACAGAGGAAUCAACACUUUCAUUGACGACGAGGAGCUUCGCAAAGGGGAAGAAAUCACACCAUCACUCAUCAAAGCUAUUGAAGACUCCAACAUGGGCAUCAUUGUACUUUCCAAGAACUAUGCAUCUUCUUCCUUUUGCUUACAAGAACUUUUCACUAUCCUCGCUUGUAUCAAAGAUAAAGGUCGCUGUGUCUGGCCGGUUUUUUAUGAAGUGGAUCCUUCUGAUGUAAGAAAACUGAAAAGGAGUUAUGGAGAAGCGAUGGUUGAGCAUGAAAAGGGGUCCAGUAGCAACAUAGUUCUGUUGCAGAAAUGGAAGAAUGCUUUACAUCAAGUUGCUAAUUUGUCUGGCUUUCAUUUCAAAAAGGGGGAUGAUUAUGAACAUGUUUUUAUUGGGAAGAUAGUUGAACGAGUCUCAAGGGAGAUUAUGCCUGUUACUUUACCUGUUCCUGAUUAUAUAGUUGGAUUCAAGUACCAAAAGCAAAUUGUAACAUCACUUUUGAAUGUUGGGUCUGAUGAUAGAUUCCACAUGGUAGGGAUCCAUGGCAUUGGUGGAAUAGGGAAAACCACUCUUGCCCUAGAAGUUUAUAAUUUGAUUGUCCGUCAAUUUGAAGGUUCCUGUUUUCUUGAAAAAGUCAGAGAAAAUUCAGAUAAAAAUGGACUGAUAUAUCUCCAAAAGAUCCUUCUGUCUGAAAUUGUUGGAGAUAAGAAAAUUAAGAUAACAAGUGUUAGACAAGGAAUUUCCAUAUUACAGCAAAGGCUCCACCAAAAGAAGGUUCUUUUACUUCUAGACGAUGUUGACAAUGAGGAGCAAUUACAGGCUAUUGCUGGAAGAUCUGAUUGGUUUGGUCCAGGCAGUAGAGUCAUCAUCACGACUCGGGACAAAAGGUUGCUAACAUGUCAUGGGGUUGAAUGUACAUAUGAGGUGAAGGGGUUGAAUGACAAAGAUGCUUUUGAGUUGGUUAGAUGGAAAGCUUUUAAAAAUGAAUUUAGUCCAAGCUAUAACGAUUUUUUAUUAGUACAAAAGCAUACCAGAAAAUUGACUGCGAACAAAUUGCUUAGAUCGAAAACUUUAAAGACUGAAAAAGUUAUUUCAGGUUAUGUGCAUAUUUUAGAACGUGCUGUAACCUAUGCUUCUGGCCUUCCACUCGCUUUGGAAGUCAUCGGUUGUCACUUUUUUAAUAAGACAAUAGAGCAAUGUAAAUGUGCACUAGAUCGUUAUGAAAAGAUUCCUGAUAAAAAGAUCCAAAGGAUACUACAACUGAGCUUUGAUGCUUUGCAGGAAGAAGAGAAGUUUGUUUUUCUUGACAUUGCCUGUUGCUUCAAAGGAUAUAAAUUGACAAGGGUCGAACAAAUACUUCAUGCUCAUCAUGGUGAUGCCAUGAGAGAUCACAUUAGUGUGUUAGUGGAAAAAUCUCUCAUAAAAAUAAGUGAGUCUGAUAUUGUGACAUUGCAUGAUUUGAUAGAGGAAAUGGGGAAAGAAAUUGUUAGACGAGAAUCACCGGACCCUGGAAAACGCAGUAGGUUAUGGGCCUCUGAAGAUAUAAUUCAAGUUUUAGAAGAAAAUACGGGAACAAGUAAAAUUGAAAUUAUAUAUCCAAACUCCCGGAUUGAAGUAGAAUGGGAUGGAGAGGCUUUCAAGAAGAUGGAAAACCUCAGAACUCUAAUUAUUAAGGAUGGCAAAUUUACUGAAAGUCCCAAACAUCUUCCGAAUAGUCUAAGAAUACUCCAACUCCAACAUAGUCUAUGUCUGUCAUGGGAUUUACCAUCUGAGUUUUAUCCAAGGAAACUUACCAUAUGCAAUAUUUCCACUAAGUCUACAUUAUUCACGCAGAAGUUCAAGAAUAUAAUGGUUUUAAAUUUUGAUCGCCAUGAAUUUUUAACCCGGAUACCAAAUGUAUCUGGUCUCGUAAAUUUAGAAGAAUUUUCAUUUCAAGAUUGUGUGAAUUUAAUCACAGUCGAUGACUCCGUUGGGUUGCUGGGUAAACUUAAAACCUUGAGAGCUAUGUGUUGCAUCAAUCUUAGGAGGAUUCCGCCUCUCAAGUUGGCUUCUCUAGAAGAACUCGAUCUUUCAAUGUGUUCUUGUCUUGAGAGUUUUCCACCUGUGGUAUGGUUGCUGGGUAAACUUAAAACCAUGAGCCUUAGAAGGUGCAUCAAGCUAAGGAGUAUUCCACCUCUUAAGUUGACUUCGCUAGAAAAACUCGAUCUUUCACAUUGUGUUAGUCUAGAGAAUUUUCCACUUGUGGUGGAUAGUUUUCUUGGAAAAGUUAAGACCCUGCUUGUUCAAAGUUGUCACAAUCUCAUGAGUAUUCCACCUCUCAAGUUGGAUUCACUAGAAAAACUAGACCUUUCUUAUUGUUUUAAUCUCAAGAGUUUUCCAAUUGUGGUAGAUGGUUUGUUGGAUAAACUUAAAUUCUUGAGCAUUGAACGUUGCAUCAUGCUUAGGAGUAUCCCACCGCUCAGGUUGACUUCUUUGGAACAGUUCAAUCUUUCAUAUUGUCUAAGUCUAGAGAGUUUUCCAGAAAUAUUAGGAGAAAUGAGAAAUAUAACACAACUUCACUUGGAUGGUACUCCCAUAAAAGAAUUGCCAUUUCCAUUUCAAAAUCGUACUCAACCUCAAACAUUAUAUCCAUGUACCUGUGGAAUUGUUUACUUACCAAGUAGAGUUUAUGCAAUGUCAAAACUGGUUGAACUUACCAUCCAGAGAGAAGAAAAACUGUGCCCAAUGCAAUCUUCACAUGUAGAAUGUCUCUGUCUCACAAAUUGCAUACUUUCAGAUGAGUUUCUCUCAACAGGUCUCAUGUUAUUUGCUAAUGUGAAAGAAUUACACCUAACUAAAAAUCAAUUCACAGUUGUUCCUAAAUCUAUUGAAAAAUGUCAUUUUUUAUGGAGGCUUGUCUUGGAUAACUGUGAGGAACUUCAGGAAAUUAAAGGGAUUCCUCCAUGCUUAAAAACAUUAUCUGCUUUGAACUGCAAAUCGUUGACUACUUCGUGUAAAAUUAAAUUACUAAAUCAGGAAUUACAUGAGGCUGGAAACACUUGGUUCUGUUUUCCACGAGCGAAGAUUCCAGAGUGGUUUGACCACCAUUGCUUGGCAGGAUUGUCAAUUUCUUUCUGGUUUCGAAACAAGUUUCCUGCCAUAGCUCUUUGUGUUAUUUCUCCAUCGACGUUGGAUGAUUCUCGGCGUCUUGUAAGAGUGAUCAUCAAUGGCAAUACAUUUUUCUAUGAAAGUGAUGAUAAAAGACAUAAGUCACCGGCAAAAAUGUAUCAUUUACAUCUUUUUCAUAUGAAAAUGGAAAACUUCAAUGAUAACAUCGACAAAGCUUUUUUUGAAAAUAAGUGGAACCAUGCAGAGGUUGACUUUGGAUUCCCAUUCAUGAAUAGCGGAAUCCAUGUAUUGAAAGAGAAAAGUAGCAUGAACGAUGUUAGAUUCACCAAACCAGAGAAUGAUGCCUGAUAUUGAGCUCACUCUUUAAAAACACAACACUGAGUCAUUGGUAUCAAGAAAUGAUUCUUAUGUGGUGAGAUUUCAUUAUGUCGAAAGCAAUCCUAUAGAGCUAUGAUUACUCGUUUGGGAAAACCAACCAAAAGGUCCAAAACCAUGCUGAUUUUGUAUAUGGCAUUAGAAUAUCCAUAGGUUGUUCUGCAAAAGAACUCCAAUCUCAAAAAUGGAAGCUCUUGCAAAAGAAAUUAUGAACGGAGGAGCUGAAGAACAUAUUUGUUUCUGGAGAUGUUGUGCUACACUCUGUAAGAAGUUCAUUCCUUUUGGAGAUAUUUUAUACUGAUGCGAUGAGGAUAUUUAUUGGUGCCAAAACCAUCUGGUUGCAACUUAUCCUGGCCGUAGAAGUUGGGGAAGUUAUUGGUCUGUUGGUAGUGAUGGUCCUUUUAAUUUGCAAGUUCAUGAUUAUGCAGAAUUAGGGGAUAUUCUUUCUCGUUGUAGUCCAAUUAUGUGGUUAAUUUGUACCGCCUCCGUCACACAAUGUGUGAGCCAAUUUAAUUAUAUGCACUAUUCACAUGUCUUGCUUUAACUCUAUUUUUCUACUAAUGAAUAAAAACAAAUAUUAGCAUAUAAGAUGCGGUUGGAUUCA